AUGCGCACCUCAUUUGUAACUCUCCUGCUCGCAUGCAGCAGCUACACUGCGCUCGCUUUGCCCUCGCACGGUAGCCUCGCCAAGCGAUCAUGCGACUCCAACUGUAUUGCCCAGGGUUUCCAGUCCGGCAUGUGCGCCAGCGAGAGCAACCCCUCCCUGCAACUCCUGGGCCUCGAGCUCCUCGGCCAGGCCUUGCCAGGCUGCAUGUGCAUCCCCACCAACGGCGAUUCCAGCGGCGCCACCAACGCCCCCGCCGCCGCCGCCCCCGCCGCGAACGCGCCGGCUGCCACGAUGACCACCACUGCUACUGUAACUACCACCUCAACUGCCGUCCUGACUUCCACUUCCACCGCGACGACGACCGUCACCACCACUGCCACAGCCACUAACACCCAAGCCGCGAAUCAAGCAGCCCCAGCAGUAAACCCCCCGGCCCCGAGCACCGUCACCGUCACCGCCACCGUCACCAAGACUGCCACCGAAAAGGAGACAGAAACAGAAACGCAAACGCACACGCAAUUUGACACCCGCACCAUCACUCACUCUGCCCCUACCGCCACCGUGACCAAGACUGCCACCGAAAGGGAGACAGAAACAGAAACGCAAACGCACACACAAUUUGACACCCGUACCAUCACUCUCUCUGCCCCUACCGCCACAAUCACUAGUACUACCUGCGAUGCAAAUGCAGCGGCUGCUCCUGCGGCGGCCGCCGCCGUUCAGACCGUGUACACGGCCACCACGACGAACCAUAUCCCGUUUACGACGACGAAGACGGUAGUGGUCAAGACGACGACGACCGUUUGCCCGACUUCUUCUUAG